AAAAAAAUUCUAUUCGAUAUCUGAUACACGAUAAGUGUAUUUAAGGUACUUGUUAAAAGUUAAUAGACAAUAAGUCGCCUAACAUCUACGUAGAUCCUAGUCAAUAGUUGAAACAAGUGGAAAUUGAACUUUGUAAUUUUGACAGAUGUCGAAGACAGUGUUCCUGUUUGUAUUCUUAUCCUUCGUCAUUUCAAUCACGAAUGCCGAUAAGAGGAUCGUUUGUUAUUAUGGUAGCUGGGCAGCUUAUCGUCGAGGGCUUGGACAAUUCGAAGCGACCGAUAUAGAUCCAACUCUAUGCACUCAUAUAAUCUAUACUUUUAUUGGUAUUUCUCAAGAUGGUAAUGUUAAAAUAUUGGAUUCAUGGCUGGACCUACCAAAUGGUCGAGAUGGUUACGGAAAAUUUACCAGACUCCGCGAGCGAAGUCCAGAAACUAAGGCAUUGAUAGCAAUAGGUGGUUGGAACGAGGGUUCCCAGACGUUUUCUGAGGUCGCGGCAAAUGCUGAUAUACGUGCACAAUUCGUCCAGAAUGUGAUUACCUUCCUGAAGGAAUACAAUUUUGACGGCUUUGAUGUUGACUGGGAAUAUCCGAACCAGCGUGGUGGCAAACCAGCUGACAAAGAGAACUUUGUUAUCCUGAUGAAGGAAUUAAGAGAGGAAUUUAACAAACAUGGUUACAUCCUUAGCGUGGCGGUCGGCGCAGCCGAAACCUCUGCCUCCAAAUCUUACCUUAUUUCAGAAAUGUCGCAAUAUCCUCACUUUAUUAAUUUAAUGACCUAUGACUUCCAUGGAUCGUGGGACAACUUCGCAGCAAUUAACGCUCCGCUAUACGCUUCUUCUAGGGAGUCUGGAGAUGAAGUUAAACUCAACGUGAAUUCGGCUGUUAAAUAUUGGCUUGAACAAGGCGCACCAGCUAACAAACUUGUUGUUGGUAUUCCCGCUUAUGGUAGAUCAUUUACUUUGUCGAAUCCUUCGUAUAAUACAGUAGGUUCUUCAACAAAUGGUCCUGGGCGACCUGGUCCUUACACACAAGAAAGUGGCAUGCUCGGUUACAACGAAAUCUGCGAGUAUGUUAAACAAGGAUGGACCGUACGACGUGAACCUGAACAACAUGUGCCUUAUGCUUUCAAAGAUAAUCAAUGGGUUGGAUACGACGACACUAUAUCUGUUGAAGAGAAGACUAAGUAUGCUAUGUCUAUGGGCCUUGGUGGUAUGAUGAUAUGGAGCGUUGAAACCGACGACUUUCGUGGUACAUGUGGUGAAAAGUAUCCACUUCUGCUCACUAUAAACAGGGUGUUAAGAGGAUAUAAUCCUCCUCUAACUUCUACUACUACGAAACCUAAUACUAGUGCAGCAACUACAACAAAACCAUCAACUACAACACCGUCAUCAUCAUCAUCAUCAUCGCCGAUUUUUGUAUGCACGCAUGAAGGCUAUGUUCGAGAUUUAAAAAAUUGUUCAAUAUUUUAUUAUUGUCAAAAAGUAAACGACAAAUAUGUGGCGAAUAAAUUCUACUGUCCAUAUAGUCUUGUAUUUGACACAACGAUUAAUGGUUGUAAUUACAAAUAUAAUGUUCCUGGUUGUUAGACCGAUGCAAAUAGAUACGUGAUAGAAACAUGAUAUAUUUCUAUAUAAUUCUAAAAAUAUUUUAAUAAAUGAUUAUU